GUGAGGUGGGAGGCGGUCGGUCUGAGCGACGCGCGCCGGCCUCGGCUUGCGAUUACGUAAAAACUAACCAGAGAAUGAGAAUAAUGGGGAAGAAAAGAAGCAAAGUUACGAGUACUGAACAUACACAUAUUGAAAAGAAAAAAACUAAAUUAGAAAAACAAGAAAUUGAAGAAGUAAAUCUCAAUAUUCUUAAUGAUAUUGAAAAAUCCAAACAAAAAAGUAGCAAAAAAUUUAAAACCAAUAACACUGAAGUAUUAAAAUCAGAAGAUGGUCUAGCAAACACUAUCAAAAAACAAAAACUGAAAAACAAGGCAAGAAAUUUACAAAUCACAGACACCAAAUUAGUAGGUUCCGAUGACGAAGCAAAAACUAAAAAGAAAGUUAAAAAUUCACAAAGUGUCGAAACUCUCACCAGUAAUAAGAAAAGUAAAAAGAUAGUAUUUAUUGACGACGAACCUAAGGAAGUACCGGUUAGCUCAAAAACAAGUACUAGUUCAGUCGAGAAAAAUAAUAAAAAGUUUUUAAACGAUGACGAAGCAGAAGUGAAGGAAGAAGAUAUCGAUCAGUUUUGUGAUGAGCUAGAUGAGGAAGACAAUAAACAGUACGAAGAUUGGGUCAAAUUAAUAGAAGAUAAGUUACAUUCAAAUAAAAAACAAAUAAACACCUAACUACUUA